CCGACACUGCCCAGGUACCGAAUACCGAAAACCGAAUCACUCAAUCACCCCAGUCCCCACUAAUUCCGUAUGUGCCGACGGCCGACUCCACUCUACAACUCUAGUUCUAGUACUCUACGUAUUCUCUAGAAUUCUCUGUCCUUUUAAGUGUUUCGUUUGGUUUAGAAAUCUAUUUGUGUCGAUCAAACAUAACGCAUACAAUGGCGUCCAGACGAUUCGAUCCGAAGGGCAAAGAAUCAUAUUCAGCCGUCAAAUACGUGCAAGUCGAAGGACUGGCAUUGAUGAAAAUUGCGAAACACUGCCAUGAAGAGUGUGCCAGUGACGUGAUCAUCGCUCAAGGAGCACUUUUGGGUCUGGUUGUCGAAGACCGUCUCGAGAUCACCAAUUGUUUCGCCUUCCCGAAAAGCGUCGAUGAAUCUAUCAAUGAUGAAAAAUAUCAAUUGGAUAUGAUGAAAAGUCUUCGUCAAGUUAAUGUUGAUCAUUAUCACGUUGGAUGGUAUCAAAGUUCUGACGUUGGAAAUUUUUUGAGUUUGCCAUUGUUGGAAUCACAAUUUCAUUACCAGACUAGCAUAGAAGAGUCAGUCGUUUUAAUUUUCGACGCUCCCAAAACAAAUCGUGGGUUUUUGUCUUUAAGUGCUUACCGUCUUACACCUCAGGCCUUAACUAUGUUUAAAGAAAAUGAUUUUCUGCCAGAUACAUUGAAAUCAUUAAAAGUUGGUUAUGAUAAUUUAUUAGUGAAAGUUCCAGUUGUAAUAAAAAAUUCAACAUUGACUAACAUACUUCUCUCAGAACUAAGUUUUAAAAUUAAGGUUGAAGAAGGCUCUGAACAUUUGGAUAUUGGCACAGCUACUGUUUUGGAAGGGCAAUUACGUCAUUUAAUGGACCGAGUAGAUGAUCUAAAUCAAGAAGCCAUCAAAUUCAAUCGUUACCAACAAGCAGUUGUUCGUCAAGCUACGGAUAAACACCGUUACUUGCAGAAACGAGCUAUAGAAAAUCAAGCUCGAGCAGCGAAAGAAGAGCCACCAUUACCUGAAGAAGACAUAACUAAGAUAUUUAGAGCAUUACCAGUACCUCCUAGAUUACCACCCAUGUUAAUGGCUACUCAAGUUGAUUCAUAUGCUGAAGAAAUAGCUAAAUUUUCUACUCAGUCUUUGGCUAAAUUGUAUAUGACCAAAGCUAUGAACACAAACAACUGAUUGAAAAAAAAAUACUUUGUAUAAUAUUCUAAAAUUGAGUAAAUACAUAAUUUUAUAAUUAUAAAAAUAAUAAAUGAAAUCAUACUUUCCAUUGUAAGAGUAAAUGAAAUGUAAAAGUAUAUAACUGAGUAUAUUAUUUAUUACAUUUUUAAUAUAUUCCUUUGUUAUUAUUUUGUACUUUCAAAAUGUAAUAAUAUCUAAACUCUGGAAAUAAUAAUUUAGAUUGAUUUUAUAUAAUCAUUUAAUUAAGAGAUAAUGGAGUUACUGAAUUAUUUAUUUUAGUUAUUGGUGAUUGAAAGCUUAUCAAUGUAACGGGGACAAUGUGUAUCAUUUGUAUGUUAUUUUACCAGUUCCCCGUUACAGAUCCACCCCCCGCCGGCCUGAAAAUUGAUACGCUUUCAAUCUUCAAUAGAUUUGCCACAGAUAUUUCUAUUGAUCCAAUGAUUUUUAUCUUUCUUUAGUGUUUCAAGGUCUUUACUAAAAUUAUAAAGUAAAAAAGUUGAUUUUUAAAUUAAACAAUCUGUAAAACA